GCAACCGGCUUUCCUCCAACGGAGUGAUUCUCUGAGACCCAAUCAGAACGCCGGCUCGUUGCUUCCGGCCCCGCGCCACCCAAUGACUGUGCACGGGAGGGAGAAGGGCGUGAAGCCCAGCGACGCCAUUAUUCUUGAGGGCAAAGGGUUUCUAGCGCCCCUGCGGUGGGGGAGUGGGUGAGCGAGCUUCUUGCGCGCUUCCACUGUGGCUGAAGGCAUCCUCCGAUGCUCUAAUCCGGGUCCAUGUAGGACCUGUAAGAAUAACACCUUAGGGUUUUUGCGCUGGUCCCACGACAGGCUGGGACCCAGCCCUUCGGGCUUCCUCGGCGGUGCCCUAGGCCCGAGGACCGACCAGGUUUGGUCCCGCGGCGUCCAGAACCCCGGGCCCGCCGGCGAACGGCGGAACGGCGGAACGGUGCUGGACCCAUGGCGCCGCCCGGGGCCCCGCGCCUCGCCGGCGAGCAGGGGGAGGCCCACCCAGAGCGAGGGAAGCCGGGCGCCUUGAGCUUCGCAGACGUAGCCGUGUACUUCUCUUCGGAGGAGUGGGGCUGUCUGCGGCCAGCCCAGAGGGCCCUGUACCGGGACGUGAUGCGGGAAACCUACGGCCACCUGGGCGCGCUCGGAUUCGCAGGCCCCAAGCCCGCCCUCAUCUCCUGGAUGGAGAGAAAGAAGGAGGCGUGGAGCCCGGAGGCCGAGGAUCCCGAGGACAGGGCGAGGCACCCAGGAUAUGGGAUAGAAAACAAGAAAAAGAAUGAACCAAGCAGCAGAAUCAGGGCCAAGGAGCUUGAGGACCCCCCUGUGAAGAACGGGCCACUGAUGAAGGCCAGGCUGGUUCCUGGUUUUAGAGACUGCAGCCAUUCAUUGCCUCAGGUCUCCUCUGACACGGGACACCAGUGCACCGAGACUCCCAAGAGGCCCUACCCCUGCCUGGAAUGCAGCCGUUCUUUCAGCUACCCCUCCCUCCUAGCCAGCCACCAGCGGGUCCACUCUGGGGAGCGGCCCUUUCCCUGUGACCAGUGUGGACGCUGCUUCCGCCAAAGAGGCAAUCUGGCUGUUCAUAUGCGCAUACAUACAGGGGAGAAGCCCUUCUCCUGCCCAGACUGUGGGAGGCUCUUUGCCUACCCCUCGAUGCUGGUCAGACAUCGGCGAAUCCACUCUGGAGACCGUCCAUAUGUCUGUGGGCCUUGUGGGGUUCAGUUCUCCCAGAGGGCUCACCUGGUCCAGCACCAGCUGCUUCAUACAGGGGACAAGCCUUAUUCAUGUCCGGAUUGUGGCCGCUGCUUCCGCCAGACGGGGGCCCUGGCCAUCCACAGACACAGACAUGGUGGGGAGAAGCCAUAUGUGUGUACCGAGUGUGGGCGCCACUUUACACACCCUUCGCUCUUGGCUAUCCACCAGCGCACCCACACGAGGAAGAAGCCCCAUAUCUGUUCUGACUGUGGUCGGGGCUUUGCCUACCCCUCCCUCCUGACCAAUCACCAGCGGGUCCACUCUGGUGAGCGCCCCUACCCUUGUGCCCAUUGCGGUGCCCGUUUUGCCCAGCAAAAUAACCUGCUUCAGCAUCAGCUCAUUCACACAGGCGAAAAGCCCUAUGAGUGCCCUGAUUGUGGCCGCUGCUUCCGGCAGAGUGGCUCUCUGGCUAUCCAUAGGCGCACACAUACAGGGGAGAAGCCCUACUCCUGCCCUGAGUGUGGGCACCAAUUUACCUCUUCGUGUGUCCUCAACAGUCACAGGCGUGUCCAUUCUGUUGAGAGGCCCUUCCCCUGUUCCCAGUGUGGGAAAACCUUUAAACGAAAGAGUGCCCUGGAAGCCCACCAAUGGAUCCAUCGCACACGCAGGACAAGUCAGAGGGGGGCCGGACCUCUGUUACAACCUCCAGCCCGAGCUUCUGUCCCUGAGGGUCAGGAACCGUCAGUACACUUCCGGCAUUUUCCUGAUAUGUUUCAGUAGUGCGAGUGUCUGAGUUCAGCAGUGUGAACAAGCGUUUUAAGAUUCUCCCUGAUCAAGUGUUGGGAAGGAGGUGCACAGAGGGCAUAGGAGGGGUAGGAGAGGGGAGGAAAAGGGAAUCAAUCAAAAAGGAGAUGGUGGGGGCUGAGCCACAUCUAGAGUCUGUGAGUGACCUGGAGCUGAGAAGGAGGACAUCCAGAGGGAAGCACCAUCCAGGAAAAGCAUGAGUCUCCUCCAAUCCACUGCCAGCACCAACUGCUGACCUCUGAGAUUUCAGCUCCCAGUUUUCCCUAACUCUAGAGCUCAGGAGUUCAAAUCUUAAUUUGGACCAGAAGCCAAAAUGAAAGAGGAGGAUCAUAGGCUUUGAGCCAGUUUAUCCCAUGUUCAACCUUGGUGCAUCUCGCGUCAUCAACAUCUUUCUAUAAAAUAAGUACAUGAAUCCGGCCCCCAAGGUGGUUGUGAGGAUUAAAUAACAUAUAUUCAGUCAAAACUGUCUAGUACAAUACUUUUUGCUGUGUAUAUCCUCCCAAGCUUUGCAGGUAGAGCUGUUUGAAUAUUGUCUAAUCAUCCCUGCUGAAAACAACUCUUUCAAUGUGAUUUUUGUAGCUUUAAAAAAAAUGUUUUUUUAAAUGUUUAUUUUAUUUUUUGAGAGAGAUACAGGGCUCCAGUUGGGGAGGAGUAGAGAGAGAGGGAGAUACAAAAUCUGAGGCAGGCUCCCUGCUCUGAGCUGUCAGCACAGAGCCCUACCACAGGCUUGAAUUCACCAGCUGGGAGAUCAUGACCUGAGCCUAAGGCAGACGCUUAACCGACUGAGCCAUCCAGGCGCCCCUUGUAGCUCUUUUCUAUAUUUCAGCAAGUUAUAAACUAUUAAUGCCUUUGUUUUUCCCCCAAGUGAUUCAAUGCUUAUUUUCUCUGUGCUCAACUCAGAAGUGAGAGUCUGUCUCAUAAUUCCCUGGAGUGUGUUAGAACUACCACACUGGCUUAGGCACCCAUGCCUUUGCUUACAUAUUAUGUGUCCCUCUCACGGGGUUGUAAGUACCACUGAGAGCAAUCACCCUUAGAGCCACCUCUUUCCAGUCCCCAGAAUUAUGUUUGGAGAUGCCACGUUUAAUCACAUCAGACAGGAAGAGCUGCGGGGGCUCAAGGACUACAUCGUGGGUCAAGCCCGGUGAAGACUCGAGAAUCUGGAAGGCUGUAGACAGCAAUGUAACCUCCAUGGCCGAGGAGGCUUUGUUUAGCUCCCUGCUCUGUACCGGGCUCCUGGAGCUGUGUUCCACGCAGGAGGCGCCAAUGCACGUUUGAACGUCAUUCAUAUCUGGGUGCAAAGGAGGCAGGGAGCCCCAGCCGCAGACAGCGCUCUGGUCCGAGGCCCAGCCGGCCAGGGUGUGGGGGGCGGGGAGGAGGAGCGGUGCUGUGGGCCCGCCGUCCCUUCGCACGCGCGGCCUACGACGGCGCCAGGCAGGUGUUCAACCAGCGCGAUCCCCGGGGUCGUUGUGGCUCCAGGGAGAAGGCCGGCUCGCAUGCUGCAGCCGGCUUCCCUCCAACGGAGUGAUUCUCUGAGACCCAAUCAGAACGCCGGCUCGUUGCUUCCCGCCCCGCGCCAUCCAAUGACUGUGCAUGGGAGGGAGAAGGGCGUGAAGUCCAGUGGCGCCAUUAUCGUUGAGGGCGAAGGCUUCAAGGCUCUGGUGCGGUGCACUGGGCUGUCUUCAGGGAAGUGAUGCAGGUGACCCAGGACUGCCUACCUGGGCGCGAUCGGAAAGUCCCAGCCCUCCCCUUGUCCCCCUUUUAGCGAAAAGGGAGAGCAAGAGUAAAGAAAAGAAGGGGGAAAUGGAGGUGAAGAAGCUUAAGGAGCCUGUGUGAGAGAGGCUGCCUGGUUAGGCAGCAUGGCAGGAGUCCUUUGAAGAACCAGGGGCCCUGAAUCAGGGGGUAUGGCCAGAUAUCACCUCAGGGCUCCUGAACUAUGGGACAACAGUGCUGUUUGGCUCCGAAGAAACCCUACCCGAGUCUUGGCUGUCCUCUUCCUCCUGGCCAGACACCAGCAGGCCUACUGUGCUGGCAGCCUUCCCUGUGACAGUGUGGAUGCUGCUCUCUCAGUGCAAGAACCUGCCCCACCAUCUGCCCGUCCACAGGUGAGACAGUCGUCUCCCCACCCCACCCCCACCCCCCUGCUGUGUGGCUGCUGCCUUUGAAAAAGUAGGGCCCUGGCCACCUACAGAAGGAAGAAACUUUAUGCAAGUCUGGACUGUGGGCAGCUCUUUGCCACCCCUCACUGUUAGACACGGACAGACCACUCCGGUGACUGUCCCCGUGUGUGUGGCUCCUGUGGUGUCCCCGUUUCCCGGAGGGCCCACCUGAUCUAGCACCAGCUGCUCCACAUAGGGCACACCCGCGUCCUGACUGCACCGCGCCGCCUCCACCCGGGGAAGCGCCCUGGGUGCCCAUAAGUGCAGACAUGUGGGCAGACUGGGGGUGAGACUUUGCAUACCCGCCUCCCGGCCAGCCACCUGCUCAUGCACUUGAGUAAACACUGCUAUACCGUGGUCUAUAGUGUGGUACUCACUUUUGCUCACCAAAAAAAUUUGCUCCAGCACCAGCUUAUCCACACGGGAAAGAAGCCCUCUGGUGCUGUGGCUGUAAGGCGGUGUUCUUUGGCCGUUCGGUCCUUUGGCCGUUCACAGAUGCCCACGCACACCCGGGGAAACCUUCCCCCUGCCCAGAGUGUGGCAUCUGCUUCCUGCACUCCUCCCUCCUGCUCAGCCACAGGCACAUCCACUCUCAUGAGAGGCCCUUUCCCUGCACUGAAUGUGGGAAAAGCUCCAAGAGGAAGCACGCCCAGAAAGCCCACCAUGGAAUCCAUCAGGGAUACACGGAAGGGCCAAGGUGUGGGAGCCCUGAGCCAGCCUCCUCCCUUGGGGAUCAAGACCCCUCAGUUCAUGUCCACUAUUAGAUACAUUCCAGGAGUGUGGGUGACUGGGGUCAAGUGCUGCAAAGGGGUUUAUGAUGGAAGACAUUGUUUCCCGUCAAGCGUUCACCACUCAGAGCGUGUAGAGGCAAGAGAGAAAGGAAAAAAGGGGGAGGUGUACAAAGUGACAAAGUCCAUAGGUGCCUUGGAGUCCUCCUUCAGAGAGCAGGAUAUAGAGGUAAUGGGAAAUGUACCAGCGAGUUACGUCACCCAGAAAUGGACAGGUUGGAACUGGACUGCAAGAAUCUGUUAGGGAAAGGGAAGAUUCCAUCAUUACCCAUGACUUUGUCCCAGGACUAACACUGCUUGCUGGAGUCUGGGUUUAUGGCGCAAUGACAUUUUAGGCAAAUCGAAGGUUGCACUGCCUGAUGCUUUCCUCUCACUGAGCAUGAAACAAGGAGAAAUGACGCUCAGAGCCUUUCACCCAGUUUAGAGCUGCCAGUGCAAGUCAGAGGACAUUCUCCAGCUUCAAAUCUCAUCCCCGCCUUUACUAACAGGCAGUCUGCUUGCUCAACUGUCUGCUAACCAUCCUCAUAAGGACUCUGGAAGGUGAA